AGCGCUCGGUCAGUACUCGAAGCAUCUCAUUCGCUAUCGUGACGGACGGUUUGCGCAGCAUCCUAGAUUUCGUUACGUUGCACUGGACACCAUGAUGAGAUGGCGAGCUCUCGAGACAGGCUGUGUGUUUGUCAAACAGAGAAUUGGUGAAAACCAUCUGAGCGUGGAAGAACUGAAGGAUAUGGCUAAUCGAGCUCAAGCAUCUUCACCAGAUGGAAGAACAUACCAUGAGAGAGUUGUGAUAGGAGAGAAAUUGUUUGUAUGGGGAGGAGAGAGCAAGUCAGGUGGUAUCUAUCACUCUCGAGUUAACUUGUUUAGUGUGAACAUGAUAUCUGGGGUGUGGCACACUCACACUGCUCAUGCUAAAGUCAAACCAACACCUUGUGCUGGAGCAUGCAAUGCUGUAGUUGGCAAUACUAUCUAUUCAUAUGGAGGAAUGAAUAGUGUAUCACCAUAUAGAACGGUAGAUGAAUUAUACAAAUUGAAUAUUGAGGCGAUGAGGUGGAGGAGAGUGGAAAUAGAAGGAACGAAACCUACAGUAAGAUGUGGAGCAGCAAUGUGUUGUGUGAAUCGCAAACUUAUAAUGAUGGGUGGAUAUGGUCCAAUGACAUCAUACAGACGACAUUCACAGGCUGAAUACAAGGAGAAUACAUCCACGAGUAGUAAUGGUUGUAACAAUUAAUUAUGGUCAUUUGACCCUGAGACAGGUGAGAUUGUUGGUCUCCAGUGUGUGUGACUGGUAAGUCUGGUUCUAAACCACCUCCACGUGCCUUUUACACACUGACAGCUGUGGAUGAGAAAAGAGUCAUUUUGUUUGGUGGCUGGGAUGGUCAGAAACAUUUGAAUGAUUUGUGGUUAUUGGAUGUGCAGAAAAAGAUGUGGACUUACAUCACACCAUCUUCUCUAUUGUGGCCACAAUCAAGAAGGAGCCACACUAUGUGUACAAUAUGCUCUAAAGAUGAAGAGAUCAAUUAAGGUGUUACUGAUGGGAGGAUAUGAUGGAAGUGUUAUGAAAGACUGUUGGAUGAUAGAUGUGAUGAGAGGCAGCAGUGAUAAGCUUAUGAUUGAUGGUGAUGUGUUUGCUCGCUUUGGUCAUUCUGUUGGUUGUGUUACACUAUCAGAUGACACGAUAGCCAUCAGUGUAUUUGGUGGUUAUUUCUCAUCUAAUUCUGUUAUCUCUAGUUCAUGUUUCUACCAGUGGAUUUACCAGCAGCAGGAACUGGUGUACUAGCUGUUUCUCAUGAGUCAGCAAGUGCCUCUCUUGUUGGUGAGACAAGUCUAGAGACAAGACAAUUAAUGGAACAAAUUCUACAUCUCACAGAAAGAAAUUCACAAUUGCAGAGUCAACUAGAUGAUAGCGAACAAUUAAAGGAUGAGUGUAAUGUGCAGUUGAGUGUGGAAAGGAGCAGAACAGAUGAAGCCAGAGCUUUGUGUGAGGAGAAAGACAAACAGAUUGAAGAAUUGAUUGAUGAAAGCCAAAUUCUGCAACAUGAAGUGGGGAGACUGAAGGAGGAGACAAGCAAGCAGCAGAGACAGUUGUAUUACAAACAGAAAGCUAUUGAUAGGUUAAGUAGUGAAAGAGAAGAGAGACAGAGAGAAAUGAAUAGAAUGAGAGAAGAGAAGGGAGAGCUAGAACAAAGGGUAGAAGAGAUGGAUUUAUUGCUGAAAAGUGCAGAGGCAGCAAGUGAAGAUGCAGAGAGAAGAGUAAGGGAGAAUGAGGAGGUGCUGAACAUUGCAGCAGAAGACAUGCAACUGAGUGAUAAGGAAAUAGGCAGUGGAGCAUUUGGAUCUGUUUGUGUUGGUUACUGGCAUGGCUGCUCAGUGGCUGUAAAACUGUUGCACAAGAAACUGGCAAAGGAACAUUACCAGAGACGUCUGUUUGAACAGGAAGUGUAUGUUUCUUCCAAAUUACAUUAUCCCAAUAUUGCUGCUGCUUCAUUGUCAGACGUCAUUGAAGCAGCACACGUGAGUGGCAUCUACUUGACAUUGAGAGAACAGACAGAUCUUGCUCAUGAUUGUUUGAGUGGCCUCACAUAUUUGCACAAUUUGCCUCAUCCUAUUCUGCAUGGUGAUAUUCGUCCUACAAACAUCCUCAUCACAUCAGUGAUGAGAGCAAAGAUAGGAGACUUGGGUGCUGCACAUUUUACUGAUGGCUUACUAUCAGUGGGUCCUAUGAGUACACUGUAUGUUGCACUAGAAAGAUUGGCCAAUAACGCUUUACCCAACAACCAACCAGCAGACGUGUACAGUAUGGGUGUAAGUCUGGGAGAAUUGUUUACUGGAUAUCAAGGGACUCGUGAGAACAGAACAAGACAACUGCGAUCUGUAAGUGAGAGGGAUCUGCGUGUGGUGUGUUGUCAGAUGGCUCAUGAGGAUGACAGAAAUAGAAUGAAGGCAAGUGAAGCUCUGAAUGUUAACAACAGAGUUGUGAGGAGUGAAGAGUACACGGGAUGUGGUCCACGACGUAUGGUGAAGAGAGUGACGGAUGGAGUAAAGAAGGUGACACUGUGUGAGAAACCAUGGUGAACAGAACAGACAGAAAGUUGAUAUCAGUGAGUUGUAUUGUUGUCGUGCGAGUCUGUUGUAGUAUUAGAUGGUGUUGAUGUGUAGCUAUAGUUGUAGUAUUAGAUGUUGUUGGUGUGUAGCUAUUGUUGUAGUAUUAGGUAUUAGAUGUUGUUGGUGUGUAGCUAUCGUUGUAGUAUUAGAUGUUGUUGGUGUGUAGCUAUCGUUGUAGUAUUAGAUGUUGUUGAUGUGUA